UGACGUAUUUCACAAGCACCUCACCCUGCUGGUGCCGUGUCAACAUCGCCAGCUUUGUAUUCUCUACGGGUAGACAUACUGUGGUUACAUUGCUGAGUGAAUAUCGAGAGGGUGCUUCUACAUUGCACAGCAAGACCUUCAAUAGAACUUUCUGAUUAAAAGGGUGUCUGUUGGUGAUGUCCAGAUUUCCAGUUCAACCAAAUGACGGCCGGAGACAAGUAUUUCCAAACAUGAAGUCAGGCACUGUUGCUGUUCCCAUGGCGACAGGGGAUGAGAAGAAAGAGGAAGUUGUAUUGUUUGGCAUUGAUUUGUCCAACCUUACCCGCAGUAUGCAGUUCAUGAUUCUCACUGUGGCAACCUUCUUCUUCUACCUCAUCUACGGCUAUCUUCAGGAGCUAAUUUUCCAACUACAAGGAUUCAAACCUUUUGGAUGGUACUUGACACUGGUACAGUUUGCCUGCUAUACAUUGUUUGGACUUGCUGAGCUGCAGUUUAAGCAGGACAAGAGCAGAAAAAUACCAAUGCAGGCAUAUUGGUUGCUUGCCUUCCUGACAGUGGCCUCCAUGGGCUUGUCUAACACCUCGGUGGGCUACCUCAACUACCCCACACAGGUGAUAUUCAAGUGCUGUAAGCUCAUCCCAGUACUCAUUGGAGGAAUUCUCAUUCAAGGAAAGAAGUUCAACGCUAUAGACAUCACAGCGUGUCUAAUGAUGAGCAUUGGGCUUAUCCUGUUUAUGCUUGCAGACUCUAGCGUCUCGCCAAACUUCAACCAGUAUGGUGUCAUACUGAUAUCUCUUGCCCUGUGUUCCGAUGGCGCCAUAGGCAAUGUCCAGGAGAAAACAAUGAAGAAGUACAGUGCCUCAAACUCAGAAAUGGUGCUGUAUUCCUAUGGGGUUGGGUUUCUUUACAUUUUGGUUGGACUCUCCGUCAGUGGCCAGAUAGUUCCAGCGUUUGUUUUCUGUCAGGAUCAUAUAGUGAAGACCUACGGCUAUGCUGUGUUGUUCUCUGUGUCUGGGUACCUAGGCGUCAGUGUCGUCCUCACCCUGGUCAAGUCUUUCGGGGCACUUGUAGCUGUCACAGUGACAACAUGUAGGAAGGCUGUCACCAUCAUCCUCUCCUUCCUCUUCUUCACAAAACCAUUUACAUUCCAAUAUAUAUGGUCAAGUCUGGUGGUGGUGCUGGGGAUCUACCUCAACCUGUACAGCAAGAACAAGGUCAGCUGGGACCACAAGUUCAACAUGUUCCUCCAGAGGUGGAAACUACGACCAAGAGAGUUUGAGGCAGAGAAUAUUGUCUGAUCUGGGAUAAAUUUGUGGGAAUGUGCAGGUUCAUGGCUGACAUGUUGGGGUUAUUACGGUAUAUUAAGAUCCAGGUACAGACAUUGUUUUACUGUGUGCAAUAUGCAACAUUAGUGUGUUGAGAAAAUGUUGAAGAUCAAAAACAUGAAAGACCAUUAGAAAGCAAGGUUUACUUAUUUGUCAGUUUAUGGAAACAUAAAUUGCUUGGUUAUCCAAUCAAAUGCCACUGAAUCAUUUGCAAUAUUUUCUUAAUGAAAGGAUUUUUUUCUUUUCAUUUUCUCUACUACCAUUGCUAUAAAGUUGAGCAUGGAGAUUUGAAACACACAAAAUAACAUAGAUGACCCCACCUUGAACUACUGAGGAUGAGAUCUGAAUUGUGGAUAUGAGUUGCAUCUAUAUCCUAACACCUCUGUGGUGUUGCUGGCAUCUCUAUGUGGAACACUGUUGUACACUGUAAUGGGUGGGAUGAUCUGAUGCUGUAGUCAGCAGUAUUCUGCAGGAUCACAACAGCCUGUAAAAAAUCAAGUGGGCAGACCAGUGGUUGAUACCAUGAGCACCGAUGCAUGCCAUCAGGGUAUGAUGACAAACGAUUAUCCAUGGUCACAUGUUGAAACAUUUUACAGGAGUAGGAGCUAACAUAUUUAGUCCACUAGUCCUUAUAAUGAUAACAUGUAGCAAAACCCUUAAAAAUGGCAAGUUUCUACUAGUCCUUAUGAUACCUUAACUGUUUGGCAGUUUGGCAAGGACUACAGGACCAGUGCCAAUUUCUAACACUGACUUUAUCCUCAUUGGGAGCUUUUACAAGCAUGGCGUACGGGAACUUGUUCUGUGUGGAGUCCAUAUAGGGAUUGAAAAUGUCUGAAAGGUUAUCAGGGUUUGAGUUCCCUAAAUGUGAUAUGUAGAUCUAUAUUCUGUCCAUAUUUGUUUGAGAUUACCUCUGUGGUUAAGUGGAAAGAGCGUCUGCCUGGAGAGUGGAAGGUUGGUGGUUCGAUCCAUGGAGGUGUCAUACUUAAAAAUGAUACUUGUUGUUACCAUGUCUGGCAUUCAGCAUUAAUUGGAUAAAACAAGGACUGGUCGACUGGGUGUCAGUUUGUGAGUGGGGUAUCCAUGUUAAGCUGUGGCAAGGUAUUUCAGUGGGCUAGCACUAUAGCACUAUAUAACUGGCAUUUGUUUGGACUAGAACAAGAAGCCCCACACACAUGUGACGUUGAGCAACAUUUGUCGUGGAGGGUAGUUUGAUAGGUGACCAUUUUGGGCAGCUUUUGGCAGGUCUUGCCCCACACUGAAACUCAUGUAGCACAUGCAGUGUCACUUUGGGCAAGUGACUGUUCAAAAUAUGCCUUUGUUCACCAAGCAGUGAAUGGGUACCCGGUAGAAUGAGAUUGUGAUGUGACUGUUAACCUUUUGGUGCCUCACAGGCAGCUUGAGUUGUAUACUCUCUAGGGAGCUGAGAAUGAACAUCAAGUGUACACUGAUCCAUUGGCAGGGGGUAAUAAUAAUGUAGCACCAUGAGCACUCACUUGGUGAAUGGAAUAUGACGUGUUAUAGGCUUCUAGUGUUGGUCACUGUGUUUAACAUGAAACCACAUUUACCUGAAGUGUGUCUGGUUCUCUCACCUAGCUCCUUGACACAACAAGAAAUUUCUUUAAAACUAAAAGCACCAAUUGUGCCUCUGAGCUGUUUUUAUUAUUUUAGCCUUAUUUUAUAAAUUUUAUUACAGUUUGACUGACCUUUAUCUCAUGACAUGUGUUAGCAAUAACAGGUGAUAUUGGUAUGUGUUUUUGUAUGAAUGUAGUAUUAAUAGCUGGAAAAUUAUCCAAUUUUGUUGUUAUGGAUGAAAACGAUACUCGCUGGCCUUUACAGGCACUCUGUGAUGUGUGUAAAGGAAGUUGAUUUUCUUAGCAUUGUCCUUGGAGGUUUUAGUGAUAUACAGGUGGCCAAAACCUUUCUAAGAGUUUCUCAACAUGUUUAGUUACCUUCUUUUCUAUUAGUUCCAAAUUAAAUUGUUCAAAUAUCAAAUUUACUAUUGUAAAAUCACAAUAAUGUCAUGUGAGUCAAUUGCAUGUGAGAGCAAUUUUUAAUAAUUUCCUAAUUGGAAAUCAUUAAGCCAUUAUCCAUGUACCAUGUACCAUUAUACACACCCAAGCCACAUGCAUGUGAAAGUUCAGUUAGGAGUGUCAUUUCUUGCAUAAGAAUCACUUUCAUCAUAUCAACCAAGCAGUCAAGUUAAAACAAAUAAUUUAAAACUUUUCAUAUCUCGGAGUCACUUCAUUGUGGACCCCUUGAAAAUCCAGGUUAGAAUAGGUCUUCAGCAACCCAUGCUUGUCGUAGCCCAUUUGUGGUGUCCCUCGCCAUGAUAUCGCUGGAAUAUUGCUAAAAGCGGCGUAAAAUUUAAACUCACUCAC